AUGCUACGCCUGCUGGUGAAAGAUUCAGAGAUGUCAACAGCAGAUGGUGUAGGGAGCCUGAGGAGCCUGGGGCCGGAGCAGCACCUCAGUGCCCAUGACUAUGUGGUGAACGACCACGGUGCCUGGGCCACCGCUAUGAACAACCUGGGCAUCGUACCCAUGGGCCUCGGCAGGCAGCAGCUGGUCUCAGAUUCUAUCUGUAUCCAGGGUUUUGAUCCAGGGCUGGGUCUCCUAGCUCCCAUCAACCCCAUGAUGGCAGGUAUCAGCCUGGUCCCUGGUCCCCCUGGUCCCCCUGGUCCCCCCAUCAUCAAGGAGAUCAUCCACUGCCAGAGCUGCACCCUGUUCCCCCAGAACCCCAACCUGCCUCCUCCGUCAACACGGGAGCGCCCCCCAGGGUGUAAGACAGUGUUUGUGGGGGGUCUGCCGGAGAAUGCCAGCGAGGAGAUCAUCAGGGAGGUGUUUGAUCCGUGUGGUGACAUCAUCGCCAUCAGGAAGAGCAAGAAGAACUUCUGUCACAUCCGCUUCAGUGAGGAGUUCAUGGUGGACAAGUCCCUCUACCUCUCUGGGUACCGGAUGCGUAUUGGCUCCAGUACAGAUAAGAAGGACUCAGGGAGGAUGCAUGUGGACUUUGCUCAGGCCAGAGACGACCUGUAUGAGUGGGAAUGUCAACAGAGGCUGCUGGCCAGGGAGGAACGACACCGACGCAAGAUCCACGAAGACUUCUUCCGACCACCCUCGCCACCUCCCAUCAUGCACUUCUCAGACCACGAGGCAGGACUGCUUGCGGAGAGAUUGAAAGAUGACCAUAAGUUCAGUGAAGCGACUGCGGUCCUGUUCACGUGGAUUGACCGUGGUGAGGUCAACCGGCGGUCGGCUAAUCACUUCUACUCUAUGAUCCAGUCGGCCAAUAGCCACGUCCGGAGACUGAUGAGUGAGAAGGCCCAGCACGAGGAGGAGAUGGAGCUAGCCAAGGAGACAUUUAAAAACUCCCUGCUGGCCAUACUGACUCAGUUCGAGCAGAUCACGGCUGUGUUCACCGCUGCCUCCAGGCAGAAGGCAUGGGACCAUUUCACUAAAGCGCAGCGCAAGAACAUAGACAUUUGGAGAAAGCAGUGUGAGGAGCUGCAGAACGCCAACAGUGAGGAGAUAAUGGGGAUUCGCAGGGAGGAGGAGAUGGAGAUGUCUGAUGACGACUCGGAUGAGAGCCCCUGUAAGAAGAUAUGCAGGGAGGACAACGGUGUGUGUGGCCAGUCUGGGGCCUCUCUGAGGGAGGAGAAUGACUCUCUGCGCUGGCAGCUGGAUGCCUACAGGAACGAGGUGGAGCUGCUGAGGAAGGAGCAGGGCAAGGCCUGCCACCCCGACGACCCCGAACACUCCCUCAACACACACACACACCUGCUACAGCAGAGCAUGCACAACAUGCAUCAGCAACUGCUGAGUCUGCAGGAUCAGCUGAGGAGUAAGGAGGUGGAGCUGGAGCAGGCUAGAGACGAACACCGAUACCUGGAGGGAGAGGUCCUAGCCCUGAGAGACAAGAUGCUGACUAACGGGGAUGUAGUGGUAGUGCAGGGGACCAACGGAGAAACACCUGAGAAGGUAGUGAACGGGUGUGUGACCACUCUGUACCGCAGCAGAGACAGGAGGAGUGAAGCAGCCAUGAGAGGAGCCCUCACAUCAGAGAGAGAGGCUCUGCUACUGGGCAUCAUAUCUACGUUCCUCCAUGUCCAUCCAUUUGGAGCCAACAUCGACUAUCUGUGGUCCUACAUCCAGAGACUGGACACUACGGUGUCAGCGGCUGAGUUGGAGUCUCUGAUGGGUCGUCUGCCCAGUGUCUUCAGACAGGAGCUGAGUGGAGUGGGAGCCACGCUGGAGAAACGCUGGAAGUUCUGUGGCUUCCAGAGCCUCGCCUCCAUGUGA